ACCCACAGAACAUCACAUAAAGACACAGAUAAAUAUGGCCCUGGACGAAAUUAAGAGUAAAUUCGAGGGGAAAUGGCAGUGUGUAAAAGCGGAGAAUAUGGAACCUUUUCUUGAGGCUAUGGGAGUUAAUGUCAUUAAACGGAAGGCUGCCGCUCAACUUAAGCCGACCUUGAUUAUCACGGUCAAGGACGGGAAGGUCGAGGUCAUUAGGAAACUCCCAAUGAAGGAAAUGAAGAACCAGUUUGUACUAGACCAAGACAACGACAACAGCGACGCCGACCAUAAAUUCAAGGUGAUGUUCACAUAUUCUGACGGGAAAAUGAAAAUGGAUUUUAAAGCGGUGGAUGGUAAAUCUAAAGACAAUGUGGUAGUGAGAGAGCUAGAAGGAGAUAAUCUAAUCCAAACUGCGACUUGCAAUGGAAUUACAGCGAAAACAACAUUUAAGAAGUCCUAGAUCUGUUUAAUUUUGUACGUGUU